CACAAAACACACUUUACACACGCAAUGGCUCCCUCAAGCUCAGCUCUGCUGCGGUGGAUCAUUCUGCUUUUAACAGUCUCAGGGGCCAAGUCAUUGAACCAGCCAUUUAAAGUGACAGAGGGGAGUUCUGUGGUCCUUGCCUGCCAUUACUCAGUGAGGCGUCAUGGUCUCAGCCAUGUACCGACUUAUUGGAGACGUUCUCUCAGGCCAAAUGGAUCUUGGUAUUCAGAAAAUCCAGCAAAUAGACAGUGGGUCCUAUUGCUGCAGAGUGGAUAUAGAUGGGCUUUUUAAUGACAAAAAAGUGUCCUAUACAUUGACGGUUUUGAAAGCUCCAACUACAAUGGCACCAUUAACAACAUCUGCACAAAGCACUGAGUCUCCUCUGGCCUCAACAGAACACUGGAGGAGUGCCAUAUCAUCUCAUCUUGAUAUUUUAAGGAAAAAUUUAAGUCAAGUUCAAUCUGAAACACUGUUUGAAGACUCAUUUCCAAGCAUCACACUGCAGAUCAAUGUACCAGUGCUCUCCCUGUCAUUAAGUCUUCUGCUACUCCUCGUGGGUGCUCUGCUACUGCUGGGUUUCAAACGUGGACUUUACAAAAAAGCUCUACAGGGAGGAUGCUUGUCAUCAAAAGAGCCACCUCAUAUCAUCUAUGAAAUCAGGACCAGGAGACCAAUUGCAGAGAAUAUCUACACUAUUGACUAGGGCAUCAAACCUUUAGUCAGGCAGAACCCCAGGAUAGAUGUGACAUAAGGUACGAAUGCUAUUUUUUGCAUAAAUUGAUAGUUUAGGGGGUGUAGACUCAGAAUCUGACGGGCACCCUUGAGCAUUUAAAUGACAUAAAAUGCCACACACCCUUUUUUGACCAUAAAAAAUAGGUAGAUGCACAUUACUGUAUAAAUCCAUCAUGUAUGUUGUUGUAGAACAUCAGCCUACUGCAGAUCUACUGCGGAUUUUCUAAUACUAUUAUUUGAAAUACUAUUAAAGAGAAUACAGCCAUUUCUGCUUUUUUUUCUUUUAAAUUUAAUCUUUUAUUCCAAAACAGAAUAAUGAAUGAACGAAAAAGUACACGGACCGAGUCACUCUGGCAAUGAUGCUCAUUAUUUAAUGUCCCUUGUAUCGUAGGGCACAAAUCACAUCGGUGUAUCUGAUAUAGGCGGGCCAGAGGCGAGCUAAACAGAUGACCACAGUGCUGCAACAUGGAGUCCAGAAUCAGUCAGUAAACAUUGGUUGUAGUGUUAUCCAAUUGCGUCGAAGUCCAGAAUCAGUCUGUAAACAUUGGUUGUAGUGUUAUCCACUUGCAUGCAGUGAGAUUUUAAAAUGCAUGCUUGGUAGGCUACCACCCCUUGAAUUGGGCCAUUAUAUUAGUCAUGGCCAGACCCUUAAUCUUUCUAGAUUUCCAGGGUCUGGAUUUCCUGGCUAAUUGUUCACUGUAAUUAAGGGGGGAAAUUCAAGAACUGUUAUAGUCAAUGUGCUGACUAACUGGCAAGUACCUCAUAACUCAGACUAGUUUGUAUCAAUCCUGGAUGGUGGUGUCUGUCUUUAAAGCAUUAAAGAAAAAUGUUUGGAUGAAAAAUAUUGUUUACUGUAGGCCUAAUUCAGGGGUCAAAUUCAAGGACAAUUAUAGUUAACAUGCUAACCAAAGUACUUCACAAAUCAGUUUAGUUGGUAUCAAUCCUGGACUGUGGUGUCUGUUUUUGAAGCAUUAAAAAAAUGUUGGAAAUGGGGAAAAUAUUGUUGUCUGUAAUCUAUGGACAGUUAUACUUAAUGUGCAAACUACCUGAGAAGUACCUCACAACAUUGCUGUCUGAAAUUCAGCGACAAAAUUAUAGCCAACUGGCAAGUUGUUGAACUAGAAUACAUCAGACUUGCUAUAAUAUUUAUAUUAAAAUGAAUUACUAUUGAAUGAUUGUAUCUCUGUAUGUAUAAGGCUACAUGGCAGUUCCACAAUUUAUUUCAUUUAAUACCCAGACUGAUAUCAUGAACUGCGUAUGCAUGACAUUCCAAUGGCCACUAGCGUGUUAUCUAAUGCAUAAUAGCAUUUUGGCGUGUUUAUCAACGGCAUAACCCUAACCCUAGAGGGCGCCAUAUACUUGCCGUUGACAUACACGCAGAAGUGAGACGAUAAAUGGCGUGUAUGUUUACGCGCCGUUGACAUACACGCAGAUAGCUCAAAAUGCGUGCAGAUAACACGCCAGUUGGCUAUUUUUGAAGUGCCGUGUAUGAAACGCAAAGCCAUGAUGCCAUGUUGCAAUGCCAAACAUGAGAUGAUUUAGAGGUAUAAGCUAUUAUGCAGCAAAAAGGAACGUAAUCUGACCUUAAAGGUCACUUUGCAAAAUGUAUUUUGUUCUUUGGAGGGACCUGAACUUUUUUUUUUUACCUUUGUUAUGGUCAAAGCUGAUUUCUGUAUGAGAAGAGCUUUAACUUGAUACCAUACAUGAUGGGUUUAUAUGUUAAUGUCUAUUUAGAUGAUUUCCUGUGAUCAAAAAAGGGGUGUGGCAGAUGAUGUCAUUUUAAAGAAAAUGCUCAAGGGUGCCGGAUCGGCACCCGUCAGAUUCUGAAAGGACACCCUCUUCAAUUUAUGCAAAAAAAUUGCAUUCGUACCUUAUGUCACACUUAUGUCCACAUUCCAGUUCUACCUGACUACUUGUAGUCUGUGGCUGUAUAGUUGUAUUUAUUGCUGUAGUCCUUGCACACAAAUGCAAGUAAUUCAACCAUUUUGUAUACUUCACAAAUCUCCAUAUGCAGGUGCAUAUUAAAUUCAAUUUAAGUUCUAUAGUGCCACAUCUCAAGGCACUUUGGAGCAUAUCGUAUUUUCCUAAACAUUAGACGCAUGCAAAUAAUAAUAAUAAAUAAUGUGGAUUGACCGCAAUUGUGCAUUAGCUGCAGUUUAUUUUAAAAUACUUCAUUGUCAUAAAAAAACAUAACCAGCAUCAUUCGAUUGGGCCCUUUUUUGUAAUUCCUGAUAAUAUUAGGUUUAUGGUAUUCUUAGGUUUAUGGCUGGCUGCACAUUGAGCCCAAUACAGAACUGUUUCACAGUGUGGGGUAUGUUACAAAAAUACUAGGAUAUUAGGAUAUAGUACGCAGAAUUGAACCCAGUUGGACCCACUUGGUUGUGGGUCAAGUGCUAAAGCCAUUUAAAGGUACACUAUGCAAGAUUGUCACCUUAAUAUAACCUUUAUAAAGCCAAUUUGAUGGUAAAUCAACUUGUAAUAGUUCACCUAGCAUAGCUAUGCAGCAUAUAUGUAGCGAGUCGCUACCAAGAUAACCAGUCAUGCAACUUCAAGAACGGCGGCCUGACAAAUCUCGCGAGAAUCGUGAAACAUUACCUUGUCAGUAGAUAUGGCUCUUUGGAGAUUGUUUUUGCCUGUUGUUAAUCCUUCAGCUCCACAACAAAAUAAUUUUCAUUCAUUCAGAGAGAAUGAGCCACCCAGGGCACAGUUUGCUCUGCUUGUGUGUAAUUAUUGAUUAUGAGGAAGUGAUGAUAUAAAGGGCUUACCAUGAAGUUUCAGUGAAGCGGUCAUUACUUGUUUAUCUUACACAUUAAAAGAGAGAAGUCUAAGACUAUUAUGAUCCCAGUUAAUGCUGAGCUAGGUUAGGUAUUGCACAUACCCUAACAUUACCCCAUGUCAUUUGCUAAUAAGCAUCAUAGUUAAAAGACAAAUCGAUUAAUUAUCAAUGAGUGGGCAUUUUCUGACCUGGACAAAUAGGCCAUGACCUUAGCAUGUUAGCUACAGCAUGAACUGUAAUCGAACCAUGAGUUGCACAACUGUUGUGUUGACUGUAGUCAUCCUAUUAGUACUUUAUUGACAUGUUUGUAACACAUUUCAGUUUGACAGACAUGUUCCUUCUUCUUCUCCAUCCUCUGUGAAGGUGAUGCUGAUGGCAAACAGCUUUUAAGUUUUAGCGUUUUAUAUUUGCAAAAUUACAGUACUCAAACUUGUACAAUGACAGUAUGAUUGUCCCCCCUCCCCUGCUGGCCUCAAACUGCACUUAUCACCCGGAGAGAAGAAAUACUCUUUUCUGAUUGGCUGGCAGGGUGGCUUUUAAUUCUGAA